AUGGACUUGUACAUUGAAGGAAAGAUAAACAGUUUAUUGCAAUUUUUAUUUGGUUCCCGACAGGAUUUUUUGAGGAAUUUUAAAAUUUGGAACAGCAACAAUAACAAUUUUUCAAUUUAUUUAUUAAUUUUUGGCGUAGUAGUAUUUUUUUAUAAAAAACCAGACCAUCUGAAAUACAUUGUUGACGGCAUUAGUGAAAUGACAACAAAUUUCAAAAAUAAUAAUAGUCUUAGCCGUUGGUUGCCUAGGAGUAAGUUUACCCACUUGGACGAAGAGAUCCUGAAAAGAGGUGGUUUUAUUGCUGGCUUAGUUAAUGAUGGUAACACUUGCUUCAUGAAUUCCGUUUUACAAUCAUUGGCAUCUUCCAGAGAAUUGAUGGACUUCUUGGAUAAUAAUGUUAUCAAGACCUAUGAAGAUAUUGAACGUAGUGAACAAAACAAAGAAAACAACGGAAACGAACGCGAACAAGAUGAGGAUAAUCACAAGACGAAAUCCAGCAGGAGUGGAAAAGUUUACGGCAAACAUAGAAAAAAAUUGAACAGAAAACUAAGCUCUAAAGAGGAAGAAGAAGAGAAUCAAGAGCCUGAUAUUACAUUUAGCGUCACUUUGAAGGAUUUACUCGCUGCUUUGAACGAUAAGUACUAUAGGGAUAAACCUUAUUUCAAGACCAAUAGGUUAUUGAAAGCGAUGUCCAAAUCCCCUCGAAAGAAUAUUCUUUUGGGUUAUGACCAAGAAGACGCACAAGAAUUUUUCCAGAAUAUUUUGGCCGAAUUGGAGAGCAACGUCAAAUCAUUGAAUUCUGAAACGCUAGAUACCACACCAACUGCCAAAAGCGACUUGCCUGAUGAUGCAUUAGUGGGUCAGCGUGAUCUUGACAGAGUUGGCACAGUCUAUAUUCCAACUGAGCAAAUCGACCCUAAUUCCAUUUUGCAUGAUAAAUCCAUCAAAAACUUCACUCCUUAUAAAUUGAUGACCCCUUUGGAUGGUAUCACUGCAGAAAGAAUUGGUUGCUUACAGUGUGGUGAAAAUGGUGGCAUAAGAUACUCUGUAUUCUCAGGGUUGAGUUUAAAUUUACCUAAUGAAAACAUUGGAUCCACUCUAAAGUUAUCUCAGCUAUUAAGCGACUGGAGUAAGCCUGAAAUCAUCGAAGGUGUAGAAUGUAACCGUUGCGCCCUCACUGCUGCUCAUUCUCAUUUGUUGGGUCAGUUAAAACAGUUUGAAAAGAAACCUGACGGUUCUAUUCCAGAAAAGUUGAUUAACGCCGUCAAAGAGAGAGUACACCAAAUUGAGCAAGUUCUUGCCAAGCCAGUUAUUGACGACGAUGAUUACAAGAAAUUGCACACGGCGAAUAUGGUCCGUAAAUGCUCUAAAUCUAAGCAGAUCUUGAUUUCAAGGCCACCACCAUUGUUAUCUAUUCAUAUCAACAGAUCUGUGUUCGAUCCAAGAACUUAUACGAUCAGAAAAAACAAUUCGAAAGUAUUAUUCAAGUCAAGGUUAAAUCUUUCCCCGUGGUGUUGUGAUAUUGACGAGAUCAAUCUAGAUGCUCGUCUACCGAUGUCAAAGAAGGAAAAAGUUGUACAACAAGAAUCGAGCGAAGAUGAAAACAUUGGUGGUGAAUACUAUACCAAAUUGCAUGAACGGUUUGAACAGGAAUUUGAAGACAGUGAGGAAGAAAGAGAAUACAACGAUGAAAAAGAAAACUAUGCAUCUCAUUACGCUUCUAACAAGGGUAAUAGUAACUACGACCCCCUAAAAGAUGAAGCCGAUGACUUGACAUCCGACGAUGAGGAUGAAUACAUUGAAGAAACUGACGCCUUAGGAAACACCAUCCGAAAGAGAACCAUAGAGCAUGCUGAUGAGAAAAAUGAACACGUGAUAGAAGAUGAUGAGGAAGCAUUGGACAGCAUCAACAAUAUAAACCAUGAUAAACCAAAAAUUGAUGUUGAGGACCAAUUAGAACCGUCAUCUGAUGAGGAUGAUGUUAUACCGGCUCCACCUAUCAACUAUGCCAGAUCAUUUUCUACUGUCCCCGCCACCCCCCUGACAUAUUCUCUGCGCUCAGUCAUUGUCCAUUACGGUACCCAUAAUUAUGGUCAUUACAUUGCAUUCAGAAAGUACAGGGGCUGUUGGUGGAGGAUAUCUGACGAGACUGUGUACGUUGUUGAUGAAGCUGAAGUUCUUUCAACACCUGGUGUAUUCAUGCUAUUUUACGAGUAUGAUUACGACAAAGAAACUGGGGAGAUGAAAGACGAUUUGGAAGCUCUCCCACCAAAUGACGAAGAAGGAGAAGAGGAAGAAAAAGAGCAAGGAGAAGCACAGGAACAAGAGAUCCAAAAGGGUAUUUCUGGGAAAGAUGUAAACUAA